UAGCAAGAGGCAGAGGGAGGGCUUGGGCUUCGCUCCUUUUAAGAACAAGUCCCAGAAGUCUCAUGGGAUCUUUCUGUUUACAUCUUAUUGGUCAGAACAUCUAGCUGCAAGGAAGCUGGGAAAUCACAUAAGCUGAAAAUCAGGGUUCUCCACUGUCAAAGAAAAAUCAGACCUGGACAGUUGUUACAACAGUAGAAACAGACUACUCAGGACCAUUGCUAAGGGUGUGGGGGAUUCUGGCCGAACUGACCUAAUGGGGUCUUUGCUGAAGGCAGGCCGGGGAAAGCCGACGUCUGGGGUGGGUAGCAGGAACGAGGCGCCCAAUCAGAUAAGAGGGCAAUCAGGUAUCGGGGUGGGGGACUCUUGCCAAACGGACUUCGCAGAAUUUUUGCCAGAGCUGGGUUUACAAGGAGGGGCACAGACGGGCCUAGGAGAAGGUUCGGGAGCCUGAGUCAAGUCGGGCCAAGCAGAGAGUCUGUGUCACCACUCAGGAAAAAGGGGCGAGUGAAUCCCAGACGGCUGAGUCUCCCUGCACUCGGGGUGCUUCCUAGGACACCGUGGCAUCUGCCAUGGAGGUGGGGCUGGGGUACUGGGCCUCAGUGUGAGCCGCCCAAAGCCAUCAGGUAAUAAGAUGGACCUCGAGCCCGUGGCACCUGUGACCUCUGGGCUUGGCCUGGGGCAGGCAGUCAGUGGGUGCUGCACUCUGCCAGACUGAGACUCUCCCCGACAUGCCCAGCACAGAGGCCAGACAGGCAGGACAGGUCCUGCAGGUGCUGUGGGAGUUCCUGGCCCAGGUGCAGGACAGCUGGCAGUGGGCAGGGGUGGGGGGUACCCAGCAGGGCUGUCUGUCCCCUCUGGGCUUAGUUCUUACUUGGAAGGAACAGAUAGUAGACAUAGGAUUGUCUUUUAUAAUGAUGAAUUAUUUCAGCCUGUAAACAGGUGUACAGAAAGCAUAUUUAACAGCCAGGCACUUACUACAAAGCUUUAAAAAAACCUCUCUGACUUCCUGUAAACCUGUCCGUAGAGGGAGAGAGGCUAAGGCGCUCAGCCCAGCCAUUUAGGUGGGUGCCUGGGGUGGACACUCCCACUCCAGCCCAAGCCCUCCCUCUGCCAGGAGCCAUCAGCCCUGUGUGCCCAGUGCGCUGAGCUCCAGGGAGGGGACACAGUGCCAGGCAGUGAAUGAAACACUUCUGCUUGUUGUCUGGGACCCAAGGUGCGAGGCCACCCCUUGACUCAGGCCCCGUAGGGCAUCGGCGGGAACGCAGGCCAGUGCGGCGCAGGCAGCGGCGGGGCCUCUGUGGGGCACUGGCGAGACGGGCUCUGCCCGAGGCCACACUGCGGGUGGCGGAGAAGGCCUGGGCCCUGCACCGGCUCCAGUGUCCAGCCUUGUGCUCCGAUGGCCGUCGCCGACUGGUGGGGUGCUAUGGAAUGUGAUGAGAAGCUGGCCCGGUUCCGGCAGGCCCACCUCAACCCCUUCAACAAGCAGCUGGGACCAAGGCAGCAUGAGCAGGGGGCCGGCGAGGAGGCCCCAGACGUGGCUCCUGAAGAGGUCCUGCCGGAGCUGCCCCCUGUGGAGCCGGAGUUCCACUGUGCCGAGCGUGUGAUGGAUCUCGGUCUGUCUGAGGACCACUUCUCCCGCCCCGUGGGUCUGUUCCUGGCCUCCGACAUCCAGCAGCUGCGGCAGGCCAUUGAGGAGUGCAAGCAGGUGAUCCUGGAGCUGCCUGAGCACUCGGAGAGGCAGAAGGACGCCGUCGUGAGGCUCAUCCACCUCCGGCUGAAGCUCCAGGAGUUGAAGGACCCCAAUGAAGAUGAGCCCCACAUCCGAGUCCUCCUCGAGCACCGCUUCUACAAGGAGAAGAGCAAGAGUGUCAAGCAGACCUGUGACAAGUGCAACGCCAUCAUCUGGGGGCUCAUUCAGACCUGGUACACCUGCACAGGGUGUUCUUACCGCUGUCACAGCAAGUGCUUGAACCUCAUCUCCAAGCCCUGCGUACGCUCCAAAGUCAGCCACCAAGCCGAGUACGAGCUCAACAUCUGCCCGGAGGCGGGGCUGGACAGCCAGGGCUACCGCUGUGCAGAGUGCAGGGCGCCCAUCUCUCUGCGGGGCGUGCCCAGCGAGGCCCGGCAGUGCGACUACACCGGCCAGUACUACUGCAGCCACUGCCACUGGAACGACCUGGCCGUCAUCCCCGCGCGCGUGGUGCACAACUGGGACUUCGAGCCCCGCAAGGUGUCCCGCUGCAGCAUGCGCUACCUGGCGCUGAUGGUGUCUCGGCCGGUGCUCAGGCUCCGGGAGGUCAACCCUCUGCUGUUCAACUACGUGGAGGAGCUGGUGGAGAUCCGGAAGCUGCGCCAGGACAUCUUGCUCAUGAAGCCGUACUUCAUCACCUGCAAGGAGGCCAUGGAGGCACGCCUGCUGCUGCAGCUCCAGGACCGGCAGCACUUUGUGGAGAGCGACGAGACCUACUCCAUCCAGGACCUGCUGGACGCACACACAGGCCGCCUGGGCUGCUCGCUCACCGAGACCCACACGCUCUUCGCCAAGCACAUCAAGCUUGACUGCGAGCGGUGCCAGGCCAAGGGCUUUGUGUGUGAGCUCUGCAGAGAGGGCGACGUGCUCUUCCCCUUCGACAGCCACACGUCCGUGUGCAGGGACUGCUCCGCUGUCUUCCACAGGGACUGCUAUUACGACAACUCUACCACGUGCCCCAAGUGUGCCCGGCUCACUUUGCGAAAGCAGUCGCUCUUCCAGGAGCCUGGUCCGGACCUGGACGCCUAGAGCGACGGGUGCCCCUCCCAGGCCUGUCGGCAACCACCCUGCUGGUCGAUGCGAAAGUCAAGGUGUUUUGUGCUCUGGAGACCCCUAGGGUGCAGCCCUUGGACCUACCACCCCAUGCUGGGCGCAGCACCACGAGGACGGUCACCCUCGGGCACUUGCUGGGACGCGGGGCUGUGCCUGGCUGUUUCCUGGGUGUGCUGCUGUGAGGGCCAGAAUGUGCCCCCUCUCCCACGGCGGGGCUCCAUGGGAGGAGAGUUGAGGGGGGGUCUUGUCUCCCCCAAGGGGCCACCCUGGAAACCAUGGAGGGCUUCGGGGGAGUGGCCGGCAAGACCCAAGGGUGCUGGCGGCAUACACCCAACCUUGUCUCUGGGGGUCUUCUGGCCAUCCCUGGCCAGGCCUCCCGAGGUCUCUAGAGUAGGUUAGGAGAGGACAGGGACUGGUUGGCAGGGCCAGUCCGGGGUUACCGGUCCCAUUUGUGCAGCGUGGAGAGAAGGGCCACGGAGCUCUCCCCAGCGUAGACCGGCCGCUGUGCCCGCCUGGGCCCAGGCCAGCUUACCCCAUUGCUCGGAGCCGAGUGACUGGGAGUCCAGCCCAAAGAGGCUGUCCUGCUUCCAGGUGUGCCCUAGAAAGGUUCCAGGUAAAGUGAGAAGGUUGGUCACGGUUGGCUGGAGUGGCCUCUCUGGGGACCAGGUCUGUCUGAGGCCUGUGCUGCUGCUACGGUGCCUGUGGAAGGCCGGGGCAGCUCAGAGACCACCACCAGGGGCCGCGGGGGACCUGAGGUCAGGCACUGGGAACAUGUGCUUCUGGGAACUCCCAGCAGGAAGCCUGGAGCCCAGGAAGGAAGACCCGGGAUGAGGCGUGCGAGGUCCCCCAGCCUAGCAGACAAAGUGGCCCCUGGAUGUGGGACGGGACUCACAGCUCUUAGGGGAGGGAGCUGCAGCCAGCCGUGAUGUCUUCUGGAAUGCUCCAUGUUUUGGAGACCCUGUGCCGAGGGGAAGGUUCGUGGGAACAGGGCAUUUCAGGGCACAGCUUCCCACUCUGCCCUGCCCUGGGCUGUGCUUGGUUGUCACACGUAGGCAGUGGGUGGUGCCAGGGAACAUAGCCACUGAGGAUCCAUCACCUUCGACUGGGAGGCCCAAGAAGAGGUGCCUCAAGCAGCAGAAGGGCCCGCUCAGCUUGCCGGCCGACGCAAGGGGCAGGCGAAGACUGUCACACGGCGGCUUUUCAGGCAGUGCUCUUUCUGUCUGUUCUGACCUGUCUCGGUGGGACAGUGAGAAGCGAAUACUAUUGUGAGAUCAACACCAGGCCCUUGGUCUGCUCCCCACCC